CCUUUACUUUCUUCCGUUUCUUAAUUGCCUUCCUCCAACAAAAGUUAGUAACACAAGCCCCGCACCAUAGCUCUUUUAAAACAAUUAUGGAAAGUUUUCAUCAUCACCAUUCUUCUAUCACCUCUCCUUUCUCUUAUACCUUUGCCAUUACGGGCACCGCAGCAACAUCAAGCACCUUCAACACCACACCAUGGAUGAACAGCAGAAUAUGGAGCAAGCUUCCUCAGAGGCUCAUUGAUCGCAUCCUCGCCUUCCUCCCUCCUCCUGCUUUUUUCCGAGCUCGUUCUGUGUGCAAGAGAUGGUAUGCCCUUCUCUUCUCCAACUCUUUUCUCGAAUUAUACCUUCAAGUCUCACCCAGACGCCACUGGUUCAUCUUCUUCAACCACAAGAUCAGCAAAAGCUACAUCUACAAGAACAACAACAAUGGCGCUACUGGCACUGCCUCCAACCACAACAAUGACGGUUACCUCUUUGAUCCCUAUGACAUGGCAUGGUAUCGAAUCUCCUUCGCUCUCAUCCCAUCUGGAUUCUCUCCCGCUUCUUCUUCCUCGGGAUUACUGUGUUGGGUUUCUGAUGAAGCUGGUCCCAAAACCAUGCUUCUCUGCAACCCUAUCAUCGGUUCUCUUACUCAGUUACCACCCACACCCAGGCCAAGACUUUUCCCUUCCAUUGGCUUAACCGUUACUCCAACCUGCAUAGACGUCACAGUCGCUGGCGACGACAUGAUUUCCCCCUACGCCGUCAAGAACUUAACAUCAGAGAGCUUUCACAUCGACGGAGGGGGAUUCUACUCCAUCUGGGGAACAACUUCUUCUCUUCCUCGGCUUUGCAGUCUUGAAUCUGGAAGAAUGGUUUAUGCAGAAGGAAAAUUCUACUGCAUGAAUUGCAGUCCCUUCAGUGUUAUGGCGUUUGACAUAACCUCCAACGCGUGGUUCAAGAUCCAAGCUCCCAUGAGAAGGUUCUUGCGCUCUCCCAGCUUGCUUGAGUGUAAGGGCAAGCUCCUCCUCAUCGCCGCCGUUGAGAAGAGCAAGCUCAACGUCCCCAAAAGCUUGAGGGUUUGGACCUUGCAAUCUUGCGGAACAAUGUGGGUGGAGAGUGAGAGGAUGCCGCAGCAGCUAUACGUUCAGUUUGCGGAAUUGGAGGGUGGGAAUGGGUUUGAGUGUGUAGGGCAUGGAGAAUUCAUUGUCAUAAUCAUCCGUGGCACCGACAAAGCGUUGUUGUUUGACAUUUCUAGGAAGAGGUGGCAAUGGAUUCCGCCCUGUCCUUAUCGUCGUCAUCAUCAUCAUGGGUUUGUUGAUGAGUUGCAUGGUUUUGCAUAUGAGCCUAGACUUGCUACUCCCGUUACCGGACUUCUUGAUCACUUGGCACUCCCCUUUCAGAACUUUAAUGCUUAAUUUAUUUAUAUAUAAUAAUGAAAAAUCAAAUAUGGGGAGUGAUGGUGAGUUUGAAUUAUUAGUACAUUAGUACUAAUAUAGUACAUGAGUUUGAAUUAUUUGAAAUGUUGUUUUAUUAGUAUAUUAGUUAGUUUAAUUUUGAGUUUUGAAGCCUGGUUUGGAAUCUAAUUAUGAAACUAGCUUAUAGCUAACUAGCUAAGCUUAAAGCUUGGGUUUGGAAAUUAUUAUUACUAUUAUUAUAUUAGCUUCC